AAUGAAAGUAAAAAGCCUUCUCUUCGUCCGUCCCUUUGUUUUUAGUAGUCAGUGAGUCUUCACUGUUUGCGUUUUGCCUCUCUUUCAAAUUUGAAAUUCAAAAGCAGCUGCAGCAAGCUUGGUCAUGGGAUGUGUAUCUUCUAAUCUGCUAAACAAUGAAGACGACUUCACUCAACUCGGCUCUUCCGCAUUCACUCACCACAUUGUCUCGCUCACAUCCACCACCUAUGGCCUCCUCAAUCUCGACCCGCCCUCACCAUCUCACUCUCCACCUCCGAUCACUACUCCUCCGCCUCGUUUCAUCUUGGGUUCAAUCUUCCCCAGCCCUCUCUGCGAACCCAAGGCACUCUGGUCCGAUCCAAAACCUCCCCGCUCCGAUUUCCCUCCCGAAACAAUCAACUCUUGGGAGCUCAUGUCCGGUCUCGACGCCGACAGCUUCCGAUUCUCUCCCAUCAUCAAGAAAGACCUUGCUUGUAAUAAUAAAGAAAACUCCAACCCCAAUUUGUUCAAAUCUUUUUCUACUCCUCUUGGAUCCAAAAUGACGAAAUGUUCGCUUGAUAGAUUCGAAAAACUGUGUCCUCCAAAUGGGGCUGACAAAGUUGUGAUAUACACCACUACAUUGAGAGGUAUAAGAGAGACUUAUGCUGCUUGUAAUGCAGUUCGGUCUGCCAUUGCAGGCUUUGGGGUUUCAAUUUGCGAGAGAGACGUGUCUAUGGAUCGCGGGUUUAGAGAGGAGUUAAAAGAACUGAUGAGAGGGAAAUCCACGGUGCCGCCGCGAGCUUUCGUGAAAGGAAGGUACAUAGGCGGGGUUGAGGAGGUGAUGAGGAUAGUAGAGGAAGGGAAAAUGGGGGAGCUAUUACAAGGUUUGCAAAAGAAGAAAGCAGGGGAUGUGUGCGAUGGGUGCGGAGAUGUGAGAUUUUUGCCAUGUUUUUCUUGCAAUGGAAGCUCUAAAUUAGUGAUGGCUGUGAAGGAGGAAGAGGAGGAGUUUGGGCGGAAGCAGAGGAGGACUGUGGUGGUCAGAUGCCCUGAUUGCAAUGAGAAUGGCCUGGUGUUGUGCCCUCUUUGUGCUUGAACAGUUGUAACUUUAUAAAUUACAUAGGAUUCGGUAUCCAUCAUAAGUAAGUUAUCUCAAUUUACUUUGUUUCAAUUUCAGCUUAAAGUGAUCGUUCAUUUUUCUGUUCUCAACUUUGAUCUUUUAAUCAGAAUCUACAGUAGAUUUGAUUUUCUUGUGUUAA